AUGGAUGCAGACCACUUAACUAAACAAAAUGAGGAGAUUGAAGCAUUAAGUGCUAUAUAUGGUGACGAUUGGAACAUGGAGAGCGACAAAAGCUCGGACGCGGACGUCGCACCUGGCCAGCGAGUGCCCCCCCGCCCGAGAGAGGAGCCGCCGACGUGCGCGAACUGCGACGGAGCGCACACGGCGAACAACACGUCGUGUCCGGUGUUCCGCUGCGAGACGCGCAACCCCAGAGCGGGCACGGUGGCGCGCACCACCACCACCACCACUAUCACCACCACCGCCGCAACAAGCAAGCCAGCCACCACACAACCGAAGGGCAAACCAAACGCCCCUGGGUCAUUAAUGGCCGCGGCAAACGAGCCGGUCGCAAAACGCCGUGCAAGGCGCGGGCGCAGGAGGGCGAAGAAGGCGCCCCCGCCGCCACUGCCGCCUCUGCGGCGCCCGCGCCACUGUCAAAGCUGGGGCGCCUGCUGCCCCCGCGACCAAAGCGCCCGUCACCGCCGCAACUAA